AUUCUAGCCUUCUGGGUGUUUGUCUUAAACACAAUGUGAUACUCAGACAUGCUGUGUCCAGUUUCAGGAACCAUGAUUUCUAUCUUGUUUCUCAUCUGGGUCUGGACCAGUUUAGGCCUUGCUCAACAAUACUAUGAUCCAUCAGGUUGUUCAUCAGAUGCCAACAACCCGGUUCAAGAUAUAUAUACUUGCAAUUCUUCUUUAAUUUCUCAGACCUCUUGCAGAACAUUCUUAUUGUACAGAAGCAACAAGCAGUUCCAGACUCUUUUGAAUAUCUCUGCCUUGUUUGAAACGAAAUCUGAUGAGUUGCUUCAGCUGAACAAUCUUAUUGAUUCACCUUCUGAGAUUCUCAAACCAGUUCCACUAAAAGGAAAACCCAACAUAGUCAACAUCACAGAUUCACCACCUCCAGCUCCUGGCUUCCUCCCAACAGUUACCAUAGAGAAAACUGGGAACACAAAACUGAGGAAAUUGUUCAUUGCAGGAUCAGUUGUUGGGUUUUUUCUGGUAGUUGUACUUGUUGUAUUGCUUGUGUGUGGAUUAUAUCUGAAAGCCUUAUGCAAAUGGAAGCGCGAGCAGUUGCUUUCUUUCAAUGGUAGAAGCUCUUCUUUUUCAUGUUCAACACCUAGAAGUUCUCCGCGAUCUGGUCAAAUUGGCAGAAGCUCUGCAACUUCGUGUUUUUCUCCUGAUCUUCUGGCUGGGAUUAAGUUUUCUUUGAACAAUUACAGCAUAGAAGACGUAAGGAGAGCUACCAAGGACUUUAGUGAAGAGACAAAGCUUGGCAAGCAAGUGCAUAAAGGAUUAAUUGGCAAUGAUAAAGUCAUGAUCAGGCAGAUGAAGUUUGAUGAUAUGCGUAGGCUCAUCUCAGGAAGGAAGGACAUGGAUGGAAGACAGUUCAGAGAUUCAAUAGGAUUUUUGGGAGGUGGAGCUAGUGAAGGUGGUUGUUUUGAGCAACUGAGGAUCUUCAUGGAUCCAUCUCUAGAAGACUAUUCUCUAGCUGAAGCGCUAUGUUUGGCAGUGUUAGCCAGGGCUUGUGUAGAGGAUGACCCUCUACAUAGGCCAUCCACAGAUGAUAUCCUGAAAGUUCUUGGAAGAAUGAUCUGGUUGUAACAUAAUGAAGCAUUAGAAAUCUCUGCUAUCCCCUAAAAAUUGUAUCAUAGCACCCCGGUGCUCCAAUUCUUGCUGUUGUUCUGUCUGUUUAGGAUAACUUCCUGACUGAAAUCCACUAUGUUCUUAUUUCUUCAGCAUAAGACUGUAAUUUUAUCCUUCUUUUUACCAUUGGAAGUUGUAAAUUGGUGAAAUAAAAGCAUAUUAUCAAA